AUCAUAUCAUAUCAUAUCAAUCCUAUCCCCUCCACUCCAUCUCUCUCCCUCCUCCAUUGCUUCCACCCACAACCCUCCGCACACUCACCAACAUUUCUCCGACGAUGGCCGCCGCAUCCUCCGCCGUCUUCUCUCUCGCCGCCGGCGCCACCUCGAGGCGCCACGACAGCGGCCUCUCUCCCGCCAACAUCUCCUUCCAAGGCCUCAGGCCCCUCGCCAACAAGGCCACCAAGGUUUCCUCCUCCUCCUCCGCCGCCGCCGCCGCCGCCGCACCGAGGCGGUCGGGGGCGAUACGGGCGGAGCUGAGCGCGCCGGUGGUGAUAAGCCUGAGCACGGGGCUGUCGCUGUUCCUGGGGAGGUUCGUGUUCUUCAACUUCCAGAGGGAGAACGUGGCCAAGCAGGUGCCGGUGCAGAACGGGAAGACCCACUUCGAGGCCGGCGACGUCAGGGCCCAGGAGUACGUGAACCUCCUCAAGUCCAACGACCCCGUCGGCUUCAACAUCGUGGACGUCCUCGCCUGGGGCUCCAUCGGCCACAUCGUCGCCUACUACAUCCUCGCCACCAGCAGCAACGGCUACGACCCCAAGUUCUUUGGUUGAACCCCGCUCCCCUCGCGUGGUUUUGUCGUAAUUCAGUCACUAAAGUCAAGAACCCGUAUCUGUAUAGCUUCUCUUAUCAUGGAUUAGUCGCUCCUCUAUAUUAGCUUGCUUUCUUCCA